AUGCUUGAUUUAAGUCCUCGACGUCCCCUACAUUUCCUUCUUUCUUCAUCACUUCCGCGUUCAUACUUUCGCUUUAUUGUUAUUGUCUAUUUUCUCUCUCAUUUUUUACAUUCUCGAGCAGGCUCUCGCCACUUUUAUACUAUUCCAACAGCUGCACUUCAGAUAUAUACGAUCUUCACGUCGUCCAGCCAAAGUCAACACUCGGAUAGUUAUUAUUCCUUUCCGCUGAGCGAUUUUAUUAUACUCGCAUUUGUCUUAUUGCAGUCUACACCACAUCCUUCCGUCACCAUGAAGUUCUCAGCUGUUUCAGUCGCGCUCGCUGCCCUGCCGCUUGCUUUGGGAGGGUUGGUCGCAGAGCCUAUUGCCGCAAGAACCGGGCACGUAGUAGAAGUUGUCCAGCAACAGCAGAAGGGAAACCAAGAUGACCAGAAGCACCAAAACGCACAGCAGCUUGCAAAUGUGAUUCAACUGCAAGGCAACCAGCAUGCCGUCGUUAAAGAAGUCAUUGUCCUAUGGGCCAACAGCGGUGCCGGGGCUGCAACCUCAGUUAUUAACGCUGCUGUUACUACUGCCGCGGCAGCUGCCGCUGCUGCCACCCACACCGUUGCUGUUGGUGGUAGCGCCGGUCUCGUUUUCGUUCCCGAUACUGUCAAGGCUGCCAUUGGCGACUCGGUUGUCUUCGUCUUCCACUCCCAAAACCACACCGUCACACAAUCUGCUUUCGCCAAACCUUGCGUGAAGCUUGCCAACGGCAUGGACUCCGGCUUCAUGCCUAACCCCAACAACACCAUCGCCCCACCACCAAUGAUGGCCAUGCAGGUCACUGUUGGCACUCCUCUCUGGUUCUACUGCAAGCAAGGCCCCCACUGCGGAAAGGGCAUGACUUUCUCUAUCAACCCUACCGCUGCUAAGUCCCAGGCCGACUUCAUGCAGCUCGCUAUCGCCCAGAACGGCACUGGCGCCGUCGCCAACAUCGUUGGAGGAACUACCAGCGUCAGGGCCAGUGCCGCCGCCACUACCGCUGCCGCUGCUGCUGCUGCUGCAAAAACUAAUGCUGUCGCCGGCACUGGCAUGGCCGCUGGCACUGGCGCUGCUGCAAAAACUAAUGCUGUCGCCGGCACUGGCAUGGCCGCUGGCACUGGCGCUGCUGGCGCCGGAAGAGCUUGCGAUUGCUCUUGCUUAUGCGGUGUCUCCAGCUUCCCUCUUGCUGCACAAGGAGUUGGUGCUGUCGGUGGCAUGUCUGGCUCGCUACCACUGGCUGCAUUGAUGGGUUAA